AUGGCCAACAACGAUGUCGUGAAGCAAGUGCCGUACUGUAUCGUAUGUCGCCAUUCGAUCACUAUGAAAUGGCGCAAGCACGUCUUUUCUCAUGGCCAUCAGAAAGCCGCAAACGAGUUCCUUCACGUACAAUUGAACCGGCUUCAAAGUAUUUGGAAACCUGUCACGUUCAAGUCUUUGGAUCACUUUUACUGUGUAUUUUGUGAUUUGGCAUUGGUCUCAGCUGACGCAUUGGCCCAUUUUGCAAGUAAAUUGCAUCGAAAACGAGUCCAAGCAUUUUGUCGACAUUAUCGAUGUGAUGUGGAUCGACAGAUACGGUCUCAGCUCUCGCUGCAAGAGGUACAACUGCAAGAAUUUGAAAGGAGAUUAAACGCAAGUAAAGUGACUGAUCAAGUGGAAAGGAACGAGAAGGAUGAGGAGGUGAAACAUGCAGCAAAUGAACGAGUGGAAGUUUUUCUAUCGUCAGCUGCUUCUAGAUUACAAGAAGUACAGGAGGGAGGGAGAGCUUUUAAGGAAAUGUCUGAUGUAGCGGUAACGACGGAAAGUGAACAGGAAAGUUUGCUGGGGCCACAACGAGCGCGUGUGAAAUGUGGCAAGACGGUCACAUCGUCAGAAGGAAUAUUGCAGAACUGCUUUGGACGACAUGAAGGCAAGCGCGUGUGGGGUGGCGGUAUUGUGAAACUACGAAAAGCCGAGUGGAUAUUGUGGCCGAUUGAUCAAUUGGUAAAGGAGGAGCAGGCGGACCAGCCAGAUAUGCAGCAGACUGGGCAAGAGGGUAUGUCUUUUACCCAUCGAGUGACGGAGAUCGCGCAGGGUGAAGGAUUAAGCUCCGUGAAACCAGUGUCAUGGGUUGCUUGUGUGGGAAACGUACAUACUGCAGCUGUGCCGCCUUGGAUGGUGCAAACGGAAGAGGAGUACAAGAAGUGCAACCAAAGAAAACAAGCAGUCCGCUUUCCGGUAGUGGCGACCGGAUUGACGAACAAGGCAGACAAGAAGAGGAGAGACGUAUUUUCAGAGCUUCAGUCGAAAUCGGAAUAUGGUAAAGACUGGCUGCCCAAUUUUGGUGGGGUUUGGCAAGAGGGCCCUCGUUUCAAGACGAAGCAAGCAUUCAGGAAAGCAGCAAAUGUAGCAAAACCGUCACGCGAUCGUGAUCGUGCUCGGCAAUCAAAUUUCAGUCUGUCGCAGUUACAAGUACAAACUCUGCUUCAACGAGUAUCACCUGCAAAUUCUCAAGCGCCUCAGUUAACAGCAGGAGUUCAGAACUCUGUUCCGGAACUAAAACGAGAGGUGCCAAGCUUGUCACCCUUCGAAAGUAAAGAAAACGAGAGCAAGAUAGUAAAUCCGCUUAUCGCGAAGAAGCAGCUGCUGCUGGCUCAAAAAGAGAGCCUGCGAGCAAAGAUGGCGGCAAAGAAGCGGCAUAAUUGA